AUGCCGUCAGAGACGGUCCUCCAGCACAUGGAGCAGUUUGGGUCUGCCAAGAUCGUCAAGCGCUGCAGGGGAUAUCUCUACGUCAAGUUCACGGACCCAGAGGUCGUACCCAGUGUCAGAGCCGUCCGCCACGUUGUGAACGGUGCUUCGCUGACUGUGGAGCCAGCAUUGGCCAAAAAGAAGACCUGGCAUUGCCAAAUUGAUCCUGAGUUUCCCGUACGUGUGCGAAGACUUGGCCACGGAAUCGUCCAUAUACAGAACAUGAUCUCCAUGGCACUUCAGAGACAGCUAGUGCAGCGUGUGCUGAAGCUCGGCCAGUCGCCAACUGGGUUCUACCGGCCCACUUUUGAAGGCCGACAGAUGCAUCUUAGCACUUUCUGUCUUGGACGGCACUGGGACACACGCUCACAUACAUAUACUCAGGUGCGUUCAGAUGCUGAUGGCUUCCCAGUGCCUGAGAUGCCCACACACCUGCAGGAGUUGGCAAGCGGCAUUCAGCACGACCUGAACCAGAAGUGCAAGGAAGAAAUGUUUCCGCACAUGCAGCCAGAGGCUUGCAUCGUAAAUCAUUACUCCACCGAAGGUUCCUUAGGGCUGCAUCAGGACCUGGAUGAGAGCGAGGCCAGCCUUCGCGCAGGCAUCCCUGUGAUUUCCCUCUCUUUGGGCUGCUCUGCGCGAUACACAAUGGACCAAACGGAGAUGCAGAGCUGCUUGCUGAAAUCUGGGGACAUUUUCAUCUUUGGUGGACCGGCUCGGAAGCUCCACCAUGGCAUUGCAAAAGUCUUCCCAAAGACUACACCGAGGAAGCUGAAAGACGACAUGGCAAAGAAGCCAGGAAGACUCAACCUGACCUUCCGCCAAAUUCACUAA